CACUGGUGCAGAUCUCACGCACUUUCUCUUUGAAUUGAGGCCGUACAGUGAUUUUUUUAACACGCGUAUUUAGUCGGUAUGCGUGUUAUACACCGUUAUAACAGCUAGCUUCAGGUUGCGUUUACUUUCACUACUCAUAUCGUCGUCAAACAUGGAGAAAUUUGAAGGCUACAUCUUCACUGCUCUCUGCAGCACCAACUUCUUGAUAUCCUGCCUGCUGUUCUCCAGAGUCACUCGGGAGCAAAGGGAACCAUACAUGGAUGAGAUAUUUCACGUCCCGCAAGCUCACAAAUACUGUCACGGGAAAUUCAACGAGUGGGACCCAAUGAUCACCACCCUCCCAGGCCUUUACCUGGUCUCUGUGGGGGUCAUCAAGCCCGUGGUCUGGCUCGCCGGCCUGACAGGCCAGGUGGUGUGUUCCACAGCCAUGCUGCGCUUCAUCAACCUGCUCUUCAACUGCGGCAACCUUUACCUGCUCUAUCUGCUCAUCUGCAAGCUGCACCAAAGGGAGAAGACACGAACAACCUCACGUCGAGUCCUGUCAGCGCUCUCUCUCUCCUCCUUCCCCGUGCUCUACUUCUUCAACUUUCUCUACUACACCGACGCUGGAUCUACUUUCUUCAUCCUCUUCACCUACCUCAUGACGCUGUACGGCUGCCACAAGGCCUCGGCGCUCCUCGGCGUCUGCUCCAUUCUCUUCCGCCAGACCAACAUCAUCUGGGUGGCGUUCUGCGCGGGCACUCUGGUGGCCGCCAAGAUGGAUGAAGCCUGGAGGGUGGAGCAUACGAAAAAAAGGGAUGAGAAGUCUCCUCCGUCGCAGGUCCCUCUGUCAUUCAGCGGAGCAAAGAAAGUGGUGCUUUUCAUGCUGGAGUUUCUCACAUCUCCUAGUCAUGUGAAGGCGGUGCUGCUGGUGGCCUGGCCUUACGCAGCGGUUGCCGUGGGUUUCCUUGUGUUUGUGUUGCUGAACGAUGGGAUCGUGGUGGGUGACAGGACAAGCCAUGAGGCCUGUCUCAACUUCCCUCAAGUCUUUUAUUUCUUCUCCUUCUCCCUCUUUUUCUCCCUCCCUGUUUCACUUUGUUACCACCGCGUACUCCGCUUCCUGCAGGCUCUAAAAAAACAGCCUAUAUUCUUCCUACUCAUCACCGGCCUCUGCUUCCUCCUCGUGUGGAAGUUCACCUUCGUCCACAAAUACCUCUUGGCAGAUAACCGCCACUUCCCCUUCUACGUAUGGAAAAGGCUUUUCCAGAAGCACGAGCUGGUGCGCUUCCUCCUCGUCCCUGCGUACGUGUUCGCCGGGUGGAACUUUCUGGACUUCUUCAAGUCACGCUCGCUCUUCUGGAGCUUGGCGUUCCUGGCGUGCCUCCUGGCUGCCACAGUCCCCCAGAAGCUCCUGGAGUUCAGGUACUUCAUCGUUCCGUACCUGAUUUACCGUUUGCACAUGCCCCUGCCCUCUCUUCCCAGACUCAUUCUGGAGUUCCUCCUGUACACGCUGGUCAAUGCCGCCACGAUUUACAUCUUCAUCACAAAGACCUUCCACUGGCCAGACAGCACAGCAGCACAGAGGUUCAUGUGGUGAACCAAAAAUAUUUCUGUCAUUUUUUGUACAUCUGUAACCAGGAUAACUUCAAAGGAUUGUCACAGCUUUUACUGAGAAUCAAUAUUUCUAGUUUUAACAUGAUAGACAGGAGUAAAAACCAAAAACCCUUCAACCAUGAAUCUGUUCAGUUACAUGAAAAUUGCAACAACAAAGGAUAUUCAUUAUUCAUAUAUCAGUUUUAGGUUGGGACAGUAUGUGAUGGUAUCAGUAUUGUAAAAUCAUUGGUACAGGUCUGAAUUGUAAUAUGUUAUUUUGAUAUGAAUUUCCUGUAUAUAAAAGUUGUUUCUACUGUAUGUAAAUACACUGUGAUUAAAAUCCUCUACAAGUUGAAAAAGAUAAUCAUGUAAUUUUGAGAUUUAUUGGGGAUUGACAGGAUAAUACAACGUUUACGUAUGACAAACUGUUUUGUACUAUAAAUGUAAAUAUGCCGCUCUGUAGAUCAGCCUUUGGAGAAAUAAGUGUUGACAUGAGCUGUAAAUACAAUUAAAGAGACCAAAUAUGACUUAGCCAUAAUGUAAAACAUCUUUUCAACAAUUUUUAUUGUAAGAGAGAUUAUGACAGAGAUUUUUGCUUUUUGCCAGUGAAAAACACAGAAACAUUUCACAUAGACCCGACCCACAAACAACUUUAUAACUGAGGAUACACCUUUAUUGCUUUUAAAAAAAAACAAUCUUGAUCAAGCCAUAAUUUAUUCUAUUGUUUUGUACCUGGUGGUUUAAUUGUAAUGAUAAUCCCUUUUUUCCUUAAGUAUGUUUCUCCUUUCUGUCUGCUAUUUUUGCUGUGCCUGAUUUGUGUGUGUAUGUGUAUGUGUAUGUGUAUGUGUAUGUGUAUGUGUAUGGGUUUUAACUGAGUUUUUUCUUUUUACAAGAUCACAAAAUCAAAAAUAAAUGUGACGUUUCAAACCGACCAAGACCUGAUUGUUCUCAGGAUUGGGAUGGGAUUCAAAAAUGUGAUUAAAAUGGGCAGUUUAUCAUUAUAUCAGUUUAUUACAAUGUCAUAUUUGGCCCUGUGUUUUUUUCUUAGGGUUAGGUUUGAGACUUUUCAGGUUCAAACGAGGCCAUGUGACUGAUAAACUGUAAAUAAUUCCAGUUCCUUUCCACUUUUCUAUUUGAGUCUGUUGUUACUUGUGUUUGUGUUGACUCAUCUGUGUUCCACACUUAACUGUAUAUGCUGUCCAUCCAACUGUAUGCUGCUUUCAUGUUGAUACAAUCCUGUGUGGAAUUUGGAAUAAAAUGAUUAAAUCAGCAUUA